CAACACAGGCCAGAGUUUAAGGGGCAGUAUGGCCAACUUCAAGGGACAUGCAUUACCGGGUACAUUCUUCCUGCUGUUCGGCCUGUGGUGGUCAAUAAAGUACUCGUUCCGACAGAUACAGAGGAAAAAAGAGAGGCAACGUGGAGACAGAGACAGACAUACUGUGCUCUUCAACCGCAUAGAUUUAAUUGAAGGAGUUUUGAAGAUCUUUUUUGCAUUUGUUGGGAUCAUGGCAGAGCAGUUUGUACCUGAUGGCCCUCAUGCACAUCUGUAUCAGGACGGCUGGGUGAAGCUGAUGAACUGGCAGCACAGCACCAUGUACUUGUUUUUCGGUAUCGCUGGCAUUGCAGAUGUUUUCAGUAUGUCUUCUCGCCACGUGCCUGUUGGUCUUGACCGCCUCUCUCUUUCUUUGGCUCUCUUUGUGGAAGGGUUCCUUUUCUAUUUCCAUGUCCACAAUCGUCCCGCUCUGGACCAGCACAUCCACUCUCUGCUUCUGUUUGCUGUGUUUGGAGGAUCCGCCAGCACAAUGCUGGAGGUGUUUAAGCGAGAUAACACAGUGCUGGAACUUCUUAGGUGCAGUUUGGCCAUCCUACAAGGAACAUGGUUCUAUCAGAUCGGGUUUGUGCUGUAUCCUCUAAAUGGAGAACAGUGGGAUCUGGACAGACAUGACAACAUCAUGUUCAUCACCAUGUGCUUCUGCUGGCAUCUCGCUGUGGCUCUGCUUGUUGUGGGCAUCUGCUAUUGUGGAGUUUUUUGGUCUUCAAAAUGGUGUGGAGGAAGACAACUAGAGGACAUGGAGAUGGGCCUCAGAAAGUGCACCGCCUCGGAUUCUAGCUCCCAGAAGGCUUUGCUUCAGGAAUCAGAUGAAGAGUAGUGUGAGCAAUGUGAUGACUGCCA